AUGAACCAAUGGAAAGCAGAAUUGAUAGGAUGUACAAAUGCAUUUCCAACUUGCUGGGUUGUGUUUCCUGGUAAUUGGAUCGGAUCAGCAUUUUUGCAAGGAUUGACAAUAUAUGAAAUGAAUGAAGGCAACGGAGGUAUAAAAGAAUGCUUAUUAGGGACUUUUACAGGCUGUUUUGGGCUUGCUAUUAACCGUCAGAAAAUCAGACAGAAAUAUGAAAUUGCAGGAAGCUGCGUAAUAGAUUGUCUUUUAUAUAGCUUAAUAAUUUAGAUUAUUAUAGAGGAGCUCCUGACAGUCAUUUAUGGCUUUUCACAUCUUUUACUUCGCACCACCUUCUUGCUUGUCAGUCCGCAACUCUAUCGUGUUGGAAAAAUCUCGAUUGGCUAAGGGAAGACCCUCUGCUUUGUUGGGCUAUCCCUUUUCAGCUUCCAUCAUCCAAGAUACAACCAGUAUGUGAGUCUGAGAUCGGUCAGCCGGGCAUUAUACUCUAUCAGGUCAAGUAAAGCUGGGCUGGACGCACUCAACACACGCUGCUUUUCUCUUCCACAAGGUCCCAGACUCCCAUCUGGUUGCAGAAUUAAGAUGGCAGGUUUAUUCUCAAUGCCAUUUUUAAUUACCUUUUAUAUAGCUUAGGCUGCAAUUGCUGUUUAUCUUUACAAGAAUUUAGAGAGGUUAGAAUGCAUAUAGCAAAGGUAUAA